CUUCAAAUUGUUUUCAUGUUGCGAGGAGGAAUCUAUUGUAUUGGUUAAGAAUGAAAGGCAGUAAGCGUGACAGUCAGAAAUUCCGAUGGAAAUUCACAAAAUCAAUGUUAAGAAGGCCAUUGGAAAAGUCCCCAGCCUUGGUAAUGGUUCAUCAAGAGAAAUGGCAAUGGCAUGGCACAAUAUUGGCUAUUCUCACUAUCGCAUUGAUUUCCGGAGUGAUUGUACUGGCUGCGUUAUUCUUUACUUCAUGGGGAAGCAAAAUACAUUAUCAACAUUUUACCGUCGGAGAACUACUGUGGGUUAGUCGGAGAUACAAAGAUCCCGCUUACUUCUGGCACAAGGAUUUAUUCAUCGUUGCCACUCCUAAUGGAAGUUGGUACCAGAUGAACAUAUCAGGAACUAUUCCUGCAACCUUUGCUGAAUCGCUUAAGUCAGCACAAACCAUCUCUUUGAACACGAAGGAGUUUGAGCCGGUUUCUGGUUUGUGGCCCAACUCUGAAAAGUCCGCAUGGCUAAUUGAGCACCAAAGAACGUCUAUCCGGACCCAAGAAAAAUGUUUUCGAUAUACCGUGAUUUUACUGAAGAGCGGACUUCGCAUUGAAGUCAAGCUGACAGAAGGACAUCGAACAGAGGAACAGUUGCACUUCGCAAGAUGGACAGACCAAGCCGAAUUUUCGCUGCUUGUACAAAGUGGCUCUCACUUAUACUUCACCAGGAGCAUCGUGGAUCGGUCAAGUUCUGGAUUUCAAUGUCUAACAUGUCGAUUACCAAAGGGAUGGACCUAUGCGUACCCAGGGUGGAUUUAUCGAUACUACUUCGGCUAUGGACAGGUGGGAGCGUUUUGGAAAAGUGGAAAUUCCGACAUACUGGUGCUGGCCACAAAUGAAGACCAUUUGAAGACGCUACCCAUCGUGCGCUAUCAAACAUCCGUGGGUGACUUUUCAACGGACGUUGAAGCAGCAGUGCAUACUCCAUAUCGGCCACUGAGUAAACCACUUCGAGUGCCUAAGAUCAAGAUCAUCUUGAUGGAUUUUUCGGGUAAACUGAAGAUUUCAUUCAAUUGGACAUUGCUGAGCACCCUGGUUGCACAAAUCCCAAAUGAAUCCAAUACGUCAAAUGAAACGAUCAAUUUCGUCCUUGCACACGUGGAGUGGUUUAACGAAACCAACUUUCUCCUAUUUGGUGUUUUCGACACCGAACGAUGUGGAUUCAUCUUACUGUGUUCCGUGUUGCAGGAACAAAUAGAGAAGCGAUGUCAACAUGUUUGGUAUCAAUGUAUUUGGAAAGGAUCGUUGAAUAUGGUAAGUGGUAAAUUGCAUUUAUAUUGA